GAAGUCCUCGACAUUUUUCCCAUUAUCAAACACCCGACGAACAAGAACCCUAGAAUUCGCCUCCUCUUUCAAUUUCCUCAAAUUUUGUUUCGUUUUGUUUUUUAAUCAAAGACAAUGUCGGGUUAGAAAAUCCCCAAUGUUCGCUCUAUCUGUUCAUCUCUUCUUGAAUUACUGACGCAGGUCUCUCUUUUCUCCGUUUCUUAUCUUCGAGAUUUCGUUUUUCAGGGUUUUACAUUAUCCCGGCGUUCGUUCACGCAAUUCGAAAAGCUUCAGGCCAAUUUACUAAUCAGCUCAUAGGCUAAGAUGUCGUCAUCACCCUUUCCAAUCUUGGACAAUCGACCAAUCGAUAAGUGGAAGGUUACGGAAUUGAAGGAAGAGCUUAAAAGACGCAGAUUAACAACAAGAGGCUUGAAGGAGGAAUUGGUUAGGCGUCUAGAUGACGCCCUUCGUGCUGAGCAAGAAGAGUCUGAAAGACUCCGUAGUGCUGCUCUUGCUGCUGCUGUGGCAGCCAAUCAAGAAGCUGAGAUUACUCGACGCCAAGUUACACCAGAUCAAAGGCAAACCACUCCUGUUGAGACAACUCUAGUUGCAGCUGAGACAACUCCAGAACCAGCUGAUGCGACGACAACGACAGCUGCGGUAGAGAUAAUACCACCCCCGGUGUAUUCUAAACCAGAGGUUAAUGCUAGUGGCCAGGAUGAAAAGGUUGAUGAUGUUAGAGACAUAGCUGGUCUUGAUACUUCAGUGGUUGAUGUGAAGCUAGAUGGAGUUGAAUCUGGUGUGGUUGCAACUGAUGCAGUAGUUUCCGAAGACGCUACUAAUGAGCACAUUAUUCAGAAAUCUGAUGUAGAGAAUAAGGAAACAUUUAGCGGGUUGGAUGCUGGGGAUUCUAAGGCCCAACCUACAGACGCAGUGCUUGAAAAAUCUGCUAUUUACAACCAGGUAUCUGAGGUCAUCCCCGUUACAGGGUUUGAGGUAAAAUCUGAUUGUAUUACUACUGAUUCUGUGUCAAAUAAUGAAAAAAUAGAACUAAAGGAUAACGAAAUUGCUGAUAAUGUCAAAUUAGAACAAAAUGUUAAUAAGUCCCAAGAGCCAUCAACAGUCAUUGGCGAAUCGCAUCCAAUGGAUGUCGAGGAGCCACUUGCGCAGAAGAUAUCUGUUGGAGGUGGAGAUGACAGCGAUGCUGCUAAUGCAGAUAUCACCAAAGGAAAUAGUAUUAUCGAUGCAGGCGACUCAGAAAAGUUGAAUUUAGAUAGAAGUUCUGGUGAUGAGUCUAUGGAGGAUGAGCCAGAGACGAAGCAAACCGAAUCAGUUACAUCUCAUGAAGCGGUGGAUAAGAGUGAUAAAAAUGACAUUGUUACUGAUAAGGAGGAAAGUCGUGCUGAUAUUAUGGAUGUUGGGAAAGGGGAAGUCCCUGAAAAUAAAAGUCAUCCACUGGUGGCUUCUGACAAAAGAAAGCUUCCUGCCAAUGAUCAAGAAGCUGUUGGAAACAAUGAGCCUGCAAAAAGGCAACGGCGAUGGAACUCUGGGAGUGUUAAAGUUCAUGAAGCACAGGCCACUAAUAGCGCCACACCCACCACAACUCCGAGGUCAACUGGUCAGAAGCGUGACUAUUCAAGAUCCGACUCUUCGGUUAGUGAGGAUGGACCCAAGGAACGUGUGGUGCCUCCAUCGCCAAAGGAGCCUACGAAUUCCCUCAGGAUUGAUCAUUUCCUUAGGCCGUUCACACUGAAAGCUGUUCAAGAGCUUCUGGGUAAAACCGGAAACGUCGUUAGUUUCUGGAUGGACCAUAUUAAGACCCACUGCUAUGUAUCAUAUUCAUCUGUUGAAGAAGCUGCAGCAACAAGAGAAGCAGUGUAUAACCUCCAGUGGCCACCUAACGGAGGUCGCCUUCUGACAGCUGAAUUUGUUGGACCAGAAGAAGUAAAAGCGAAACUGGAAGCACCUCUGCCUCCUCCUCCUCAGCCACAGGCUCAGGCAAUUUCGCGGCCACCUCCAACUGCUCUUCCACCACCGCCGCCUCUGGCUAAAGCACCUCCAGUCAUAGAACGUCUUCCUCCUCCGCCCCCUCCUCCUCCUCUAGUCCCUGAGGAACAAGAACCUCCCAUAGUCACGCUUGAUGAUCUCUUCAAGAAGACCAAAGCAAUCCCCAGGAUAUAUUACUUGCCCUUGUCAGAAGAGCAAGUUGCAGCUAAACUUGCAGCUAAGAACAAGAAGUGACGUUGUUUCUUGGGGGGUUUCAGGUCAUUAUUUUCAUAGCAGACUCUUAGGAAUUUAGCUCAGUGCGGACAAAAGUUGAGGACUUUGUUGAGUUUGGUUUGGUAUUUCUAAUGUAGAACGCAGGAGAAGACUCUUAUGUUUACUAGACUUUGGUUUGAAUCUUUGAUGAACGAACAGAGUUGCUUGGACCUUUACUCCCAUUUUUUUUUCCCCUUUUUUAUGAA